AUGUUUUCUGAUGUUGUGUACCUCGCCGACAACUUUGUAAAUGAAUUGCAUGAUUGUAUUGGUAAGCAAAAGUUCCUACAACAGAGUUAUGAUAAGCAGAAUGAGAAGGACAGAAAGAAGAGGAAGAGGUAAGAAAAAAGGAGGAAGAGAAAGUCGUGAGUGAAUUGCCUAACAAGAAAAAGAGAAGUGUUAUAUCAACACAAGAGCACCCAGAUCUUUCACUGCUGAAGGGUCAAUUUAGGCUUCUUAAUCAACAGCAACUUGCUGAAUGGGAAGGUCCUCGUUAUCAAGUGAUUCGUGGUGUAGUAGGAUCAGGAAAAACUCUUCUUAUUCAACAUAAGGCUCUUGAAUGUGCCAGGAAAGGAGAAAAAGUAGUAAUUUAUGUUGGCUCUCGCAAGCUAUGGCAUAUGUAUUUUGAUUUUUUCCCGACAUAUUAGGGCACUAAUCACUUGUGCUUAUGAACAUCAAUUAAAGUCAGGCAGCAGUCUGCACUGUCACAUUUUUGCAGAUGAAUUUCAGUUGUACCUGUGUAACCACCUAUGGUCUGUUCUCCCAGAUGUCGAUAAAACAAAGUAUUCAUGGCUUGCACUUGACGAAAUGCAGGUUACGUUGCCAUAUCCAGAUAAAAGCUUGGAGAAAGGGAAAUAUAAAGGCACAGAUCUUCUGAUGAGACUCGAGAAGUGUGUAUCAAUGAAGAUUGAGAGAGACCAUAAGCUAGAUGACUGUCCUGAACACAUGUGUAAGACAUAUACAAGCAACAUAUACAUAGAUUUAUUCAAGAUAUAUGAAAUAUUCAAAACUUACUUUGGUUGA